AUGCCUACCUACCGUUUACAUUAUUUUGAUGUUCGUGGAAGAGGGGAAGGCAUCCGACUUCUGUUUGCAGCUUCAGGACAAAAAUAUGAAGAUAAAAGAUAUACUCGCGACGAAUGGAAUCUGUUCAAACCACGGACGCCUUUUAGUCAGAUGCCAGUUUUAGAAAUUGAUGGUAAACUGUAUGGACAAUCUGGUGCCAUUGGACAAUAUUUAGCUAGAUCAUUUAGUCUCUAUGGUAAGAACAACAUAGAUGCUCUUAAUAUUGAUGUUGUUGUGGACUGUGCAAAAGAUUUCGUCCAUGAAUAUGUUAUAGCUGUAGAUGAGAAAGACGAGGAGAGGAAGAAAUGCUUAAUGGAAAGGUUGACAUCGGAAGUUAUUCCCCAAUAUAUUACUCAAAGUGAGAACCUCGUGGGUCCUAGUGGUUAUUUUGUAGGCGAUUCGAUGACUUAUGCAGAUAUAUAUUUAUACGAUAUUGUAGACAAUAUUAUUAGACUAAAAGAAGAUGCAAUCAGCAACUCUCCAAAACUUUUAAACAAUAGAAAAUUACUAGAAAGCAGUCCAAGAUUAUCAACUUAUUUGAAAAGUAGAAAAUAG